AGAGAGACAUGUCAACAGUGGAAUCACGCCAGGAACAGUUGACAUCAGAUCCAUCCCCAUCACCAAACUCUUGUAGUUCCUUUGAGCUAAUAGACAUGGAUGCUGGCAGUUUGUAUGAACCAGUUUCUCCUCAUUGGUUUUAUUGUAAGAUAAUAGAUUCUAAAGAGACAUGGAUUCCUUUCAACUCUGAGGACUCACAGCAGCUGGAAGAGGCAUAUGGCUCUGGAAAAGAUUGUGAUGAGAAAGUUGUCCCCACUGAUGGGGGCCGGUAUGAUGUUCAUUUGGGGGAGAGGAUGCGGUAUGCUGUAUACUGGGAUGAGCAAGCAUCAGAAGUGAGACGAUGUACCUGGUUUUACAAGGGAGACAAAGAUAAUAAGUAUAUUCCCUACUCGGAGAGCUUCAGCAAAGUAUUAGAGGAAACUUACAUGCUUGCUGUAACUCAGGAUGAAUGGAAAAAGAAACUGGAGUCUCCCAACAGAGAAAUUAUUGUAUUACACAAUCCAAAGCUUAUGGUGCAUUACCAGCCAGUUGCAGGGUCUGAUGAAUGGGGUUCAGCACCCACAGAGCAGGGUCGACCAAGAACAGUGAAGAGAGGGGCGGAGAACAUCUCUGUCGACAUUCAUUGUGGGGAACCUUUACAAAUAGACCACUUGGUUUUUGUAGUCCAUGGAAUUGGACCAGCUUGUGACCUCCGCUUUCGAAGCAUUGUACAGUGUGUUAAUGAUUUUCGCAGUGUUUCCUUGAACCUGCUGCAAACACAUUUUAAGAAAGCCCAAGAAAAUCAGCAGAUUGGGAGGGUAGAAUUUCUUCCAGUCAACUGGCACAGUCCCUUGCAUUCUACUGGUGUGGAUGUAGAUCUACAGCGAAUAACCCUGCCCAGCAUUAACCGCCUCAGGCACUUUACCAAUGACACAAUUCUGGAUGUCUUCUUCUACAAUAGCCCCACCUACUGUCAAACUAUUGUGGACACAGUUGCUUCUGAAAUGAACCGAAUAUAUAAACUUUUUCUGCAGAGGAAUCCUGAUUUCAAAGGGGGUGUAUCCAUUGCUGGUCAUAGUUUAGGUUCGCUUAUAUUGUUUGAUAUCCUAACAAAUCAGAAAGAUUCUUUGGGGGAUAUUGACAGUAAAAAGGAUUUGCAAAACAUGGAUCAAGGAGACACACGGACACUAGAGGAAGAUCUGAAGAAACUUCAACUCACUGAAUUCUUUAGUAUCUUUGAGAAGGAGAAAGUAGAUAAGGAAGCUCUGGCUUUAUGUACAGACAAAGAUCUUCAGGAAAUGGGAAUUCCCUUAGGACCAAGAAAGAAGAUAUUAAAUUACUUUAGGACCAGAGAAAAUUCAAUGGGUAUUAAUAGACCAACUCUGCAAUCAGCUUCAGGGGUGAAUAUGUCUAAUAUCCCCAAAGAAUCGGAGUUCUGUAUAAGUGCUGAUGGUACUGGACAUGACUAUAUGGAUGUUGGCAUUGGGCAGGUAUCUGUAAAAUACCCCCGACUCAUCUAUAAACCAGAAAUAUUCUUUGCCUUUGGAUCUCCCAUUGGAAUGUUCCUUACCGUCCGAGGACUAAAAAGAAUUGAUCCCAACUACAGAUUUCCAACAUGCAAAGGUUUCUUCAAUAUUUAUCACCCUUUUGAUCCUGUGGCCUAUAGGAUUGAACCAAUGGUGGUCCCCGGAGUGGAAUUUGAGCCAAUGCUGAUUCCACAUCAUAAAGGCAGGAAGCGGAUGCACUUAGAACUGAGGGAGGGCUUGACCAGGAUGAGUAUGGACCUUAAGAACAACUUGCUAGGUUCACUGCGGAUGGCCUGGAAGUCUUUCACCAGAGCUCCAUACCCUGCCUUACAAGCUUCUGAAACUGCAGAAGAAACUGAAGCAGAACCUGUAUCAAGCUCAGAGAAGCCUAAUGAUGUUAACACAGAAGAGACCUCUGAGGCAGUUAAAGAAGAAGUCCCCCCCAUCAAUGUGGGAAUGCUGAAUGGAGGCCAACGCAUUGACUACGUGCUGCAGGAGAAGCCCAUUGAGAGUUUCAAUGAGUAUUUAUUUGCUUUACAAAGCCAUCUAUGCUACUGGGAGUCUGAAGAUACAGUAUUGCUGGUCCUCAAAGAAAUCUACCAAACCCAGGGUAUCUUCCUUGAUCAGCCUUUACAGUAAAAAUGAAUCUUCUAUGGCUGCCUAAUAUGGACAUUGAGGGGUCCUUCCCCAGAAAUCCACCUGUUUGUUGCUGCAGUUUUUCUCUCCUCAGCUGCAUCAUUUCUUGCAUGUUGCCUGCCACUUACUCACCAUUGGGGGCUUUGGAAGAUAAUCUUCCAAUUUGGGAGUGGAAAAGCAAAGGGAACAUACCUUAUUACUUUUUACCACUGGCUUCAUAUAAAUACUUGUCAUUCUUUCUUCAGCUGGAGAUGGCUUGCGUCCUUAAUUCUUUGAUGAUAGUAUUUAGGUACCACACUUCAUUGCUUAUUACAUGAGAUGGUAGUAAGUCUGCUUUGGGUUUGAUUUGUUUUGGGUUGGUAGAAAUUUUUCUAGGAAAUGUUCUAGUUUGGAAGCAGACUGUUGAGAUUCAGCAGGCAAUUGGGGUACAUUCGUCUCUCAUUAGGGUUCUCUGCAAUUGAAGGCUAAGUCUAAGUGUAUAUGGAAAAGGUUGUUGGGCAGUCAAAUUCUGUUGAUCUGUCUUGUCUUUUCUACAAAUUGUGUUAUGAAGAAAGACUAAAAUGUAGCUUAAAUUAUUGUUAACUCUCUACAGCUGACUGACAGUUUUAUUGCUAGGAAUCAAUGAUGCUAUGGUGUUCAUUGUUUUUCCAGCUGUUUGGGCUCCUUUGAGAGUCUAAAGUGGACAAUUUAGUUCACAUUAGGUGCACCUUUAUAAAGCAAAGAUGUUAUAUAUCUAGAUUAAGUCUGACAAUUAUUUGAUAGUAGCUUCUGUUCUUAAGUUGAGAGUAAAGCUAUAAAGGCUAAAAUUAUAUAGCCUUGAAUAAAUAAAAUCUCUUAGUUGAUUGUAUUUAUGGUAAAAUACAAUUUUUGUAAGUCACCUGCCAUAUUGACUUGAGUGAAGGUAGUAUUGGGUGUACUCUUUAAAAACACUUUGUAACAUCAUUGCCUUCUUAGGUACCUACCAUAAACCAGAAUGCUUAUUUAAAAGGCUCAUGGCACAGGCAGUGUUGGUUGAGAUGUCGGUUUGGCUAGAGGGGAAAUGUUUCUUAGUCUGAAAGAAAACCUAUGCAGUAGCCAAGGAACAGCUACUGUAGAGUCAGUGUCAGAACAUGCAAAGCAAGAUGUACCUUGAAGAAAACGGGUGAAUGUAGACUAAUUUUUUCUAAGGCACAUGCUCACCACUGUGCUGUAGGUAUUUUCUCUCUCAUUGGUCAGAAUUUGUCAAUGUUUUUGCAAUAUUCUUUGUGAUACACUCCUCUCAGAUUUCCAUAAGCCACUGAGUGGCAUAGACAGGCAAGCUGUGUGUGUUUUGUUUUUUAAAAUAAAUGUUAUCAUGGUAUUGAAA